CAGCAACUUCUUGUAGUUUGGCGGUGACACAGAGCGAUGGGUGGAGGUCAGGCGUUGAAGAGAAUCCCGCGCAUCAAGUUCCCUCAACGAUACACAAAACCCUCUGAUUCAGCAAAUGCAACUCAGUCUCAAUCAGCAUCUUCAUCUGUUGACGCUUUGUUCACUUCAUUCUCAAGUUUAAAGGCGCCUGCGUCUGCUGGAGGGAAAGCUUCUCUUCAGCUUAAACGAACUCCGGUAUCCAACGAGGAAAUUGAAGCUAUUUUGUUGGGUGGCUGUUUAUGAUCUUGUGAGUUGUGAUGGAGCUUUGAGAAAGGAAGACAAUUUGCUGGUCAUUUUCUCAAUUCUUUUCUUUUUCUGAAUGUCAAACUGUAUCUUUUCAGCAACUGUUGAAUUGUGGGGAUUUUAUGUUUUAAAAGAACAACCAACUAAUUGACUUCAAUAAUGGACAUGGUAGGAACUGAAUUUUUUCUUUUU